AUGGGCGCUCUAACAUACGGCGCUGGAGGACUCUCCUCUUUCAUAACAAUUGUUGGAUUGUACAUGCUCUUUACCGGUAGCGGUGAAUCAUUUAAUGUCGGAGCUUUCCUCGAAACAGUAUCGCCGUACGUAUGGGCGGAUUUAGGUAUUGCGCUUUGCAUUGGUCUAUCAGUCGUCGGCGCAGCAUGGGGUAUCUUCAUCACGGGUUCUUCCAUCCUCGGUGGUGGUGUUAAGGCCCCUCGAAUCCGAACCAAGAACUUGAUCUCCAUCAUCUUCUGCGAAGUUGUUGCCAUCUACGGUGUCAUCAUGGCCAUCGUAUUCUCCUCCAAGGUCAACUACGCAAGCCCCGACGAAGUCUUUGACCCCAACAGUUACUACACCGGUUUCGCCUUGUUCUGGGCUGGCAUAACGGUAGGAGGAUGUAACCUGGUUUGUGGUGUUGCUGUUGGCAUCAACGGCAGUGGAGCUGCUCUAGCAGAUGCUGCGGAUCCUUCUCUUUUCGUCAAGAUUCUCGUCAUCGAAAUCUUCAGUUCCGUCCUAGGUCUCUUCGGUUUGAUCGUCGGUCUCCUCGUAUCCAGCAAGGCGAAUGACUUCGGCGAGGUCUAA